GAACAGCAGGGGCGUUCCAGGCCGUUCCUUCAGCGCCGUGAGGUUCUCGUGAGGUUAUCUGAAAGCCAGAUUGCAGGUCCUUAGCUGCUCUUCCAAGUGGCUCUGAGACACGCCAUGGGAGCCCGUCGUGUCCUGAGUUUGCUGUUCCUCCUCCUCCUGGGAACCCCCUCCUUGGCCUCGGAGCAAAAUUUGUCCUGUCACAAGGGCAUAUGGAUGAGUGUAGAAAAGGACCCAAGGAGGACGUUUAAUUGGACCACAGAGAAAGUUGAGACUUGUGACAGCGGGUCAUCCUGCCAGGAAUCCCUUCUGAUGAUUAAUGCGGGGGCCGAGACAGCAGUUUUGGGCACUAAGGGCUGCGUCACGGAUGGGACACAGGCGAUAACGUACGUCCAGCACUCCCCACCCCCAGGCAUAAUCACAGUCUCCUACAGCAGCUACUGUGAGGAGUCCUUAUGCAACAGCAGGGAGAACUUAAUGGAGCUGUGGAGGGAGGAGCAGACCCAAGGUACGCAGGAAGCUCCCAGUACGACACCAUACCUCCACUGCCCAACCUGUGUGGCUCUGGGGACCUGUCUGAACUCUCCUUCUCUUCCCUGUCCCAAUGACACAGUUCAGUGCUAUCAAGGAAGACUUCAGAUCACUGGAGGAGGCAUCAACUCAGUUUUGGAGGUCAAAGGCUGUACAUCCAUAACUGGUUGCAGGCUGAUGUCUGGAAUCUUUACAGUAGGGCCCAUGUGGGUGGAGGAAAUCUGUCCAUAUCAGUCUCUCCUUCAACCCCGAAAGACUGAAAGUGGUGCCGCCUGGCUUCCUGUUUCAGUUUGGCGGAUAGAGCUAGUGCUGCUGCUGUUACUGCACUAACUUGUCCGUUGUUGCCGAGGAGGUGCUUUUCAACAUGGACCGCAGGACGGCUCUUCUGACCGGGAGCCUUCUGACUGCUGGUCAUCAACAAGUUGAGGAGCAAGUGGAGGGCUGAAGAACAGAGAGAGUUCUU